CAGUUAUCUAAUCAAUGAAAUAGUUGAUAGAAAAAUUGAAUUUAUUACGACAUACAAUAUUAUAAUAACAGUGAGUAGGAAUGGAGAUUGUGGACGAGUUUUGUGAUUUGUUGCAGUCACAUGCUAAUCGAGAUAAGGUAGUAGCCCUAACAAGCUACCUCCUCAAGUUAUGGGGCUCCACUUCGAAUCGUCAGGAAUUAUUGACUGCCAGCACACACCUUGCUGCUACUAGAGCGACCUUGCGGCUUUUUGACGAUGCAGCCGCUCUAAAAGUUCUUUACACAUAUGGACUAGGGAAACACGAGGGUCCAUGGUGGGGUGCUUUAGGCGUCACCAACAGCGUGAUCACACUCACUUUCCUCCAGGCUGAGAAACUGCAAUGGCUCAUGGACACGGGUGUGCUAAAAGUCAAUGACGACGUCGCCUACAAGAUUCGGACUGCGCACAAGGUGAUCUGGUGUUUGAACGUGUUUGUAGGUUUUAUACGAUCAAUUCGCACCGUUCAUCUCUCAGCACAGCAAUUAAAGGAAAAAACCACUAAAUGCGCACCAGCUCGCUUCACGCAAGCAUCCCUUACCAGCACAAAGUAUUUCCUGGACAUCAUACACCUGGUCAACUGGCUUCCCAAGGGCUGGCUCUGGGGCAGCUCUAUAAAGACCACGCAUGCUGCUGCAGUAGCUACUGCAUCAGGGGUUCUGGGUUUGAUUAUGCAUUAUCAUGGGAAACGGUUACUUCCAAAGUAAUCUGGAGAUUUUAAGCCAACCUUUAAACUUACUUCAGUAGUAGAAAUCCAUUUACAGAUUUUGACGUAUUUAUUCAAUGUAAUUUAAAAUAAAUAUAGUCAAAAUCUGUUAUAACAUCGAAAGGACUAAUCAUAUUUGGUCGUAAAACCCUAUUAAGAGCCGAUGACGUGUUAUUAAGAACCUAAUUAACCUAAGAUUUUGGUCAAUAUAACCGGUGUGUUCUAAACGAUGUCGUCGUAAACGAUUUUGAGUGUACAUAUUAUAUAUAGACCUUCUAUCAAGGAUGAAGAUUUAUCUUAUGUUAUUGAGACACCAUAAGGCUCUUCUAUUCCAAUUCAAUUUCCCGUUUUAAUUAUUAAAUUAUAUUUUAGAUAUUUAUUUAUCGCUAGGUUUAAGAAAUCUUAUGAAUAAUUGU